AUGUUGAGCGCAGCUAAGAAUGUUUCAAGGACUCUGCACACGGUCACAUCCGUGCGAAGCGUGUCCUCUCUCGUCAAGAAGGCCUGUUGGAGCGGCUUCAGUCCAGAGGCCUCCAGAGUCCUGACCAGAAGAGACUAUGCGUCGGAGGCGAUCCGGGGCGCGGUCAUCGGCAUCGACCUGGGAACCACCAACUCCUGUGUGGCCGUCAUGGAAGGCAAACAGGCCAAGGUGCUGGAAAACGCGGAGGGUGCCCGCACCACGCCCUCGGUCGUGGCCUUCACCACUGACGGCGAGCGUCUGGUGGGUAUGCCCGCCAAGCGCCAGGCCGUCACCAACCCCCAGAACACGCUGUAUGCCACCAAGAGGCUGAUCGGGCGCAGGUUCGACGACUCGGAGGUGCAGAAGGACCUGAAGAACGUGCCGUACAAAAUCGUGCGAGCGUCUAAUGGGGACGCCUGGUUGGAGGCUCAUGGGAAGAUGUACUCUCCCAGUCAGGCGGGGGCCUUCGUCCUGAUGAAGAUGAAGGAGACGGCAGAGAAUUACUUGGGGACCACAGUGAAGAACGCUGUGGUCACGGUCCCCGCCUACUUCAACGACUCCCAGAGACAGGCGACCAAAGACGCCGGGCAGAUCUCGGGCCUGAACGUCCUCAGAGUCAUCAACGAGCCCACUGCCGCCGCUCUGGCCUACGGACUCGACAAGACCCAGGACAAGAUCAUCGCGGUCUACGACUUGGGCGGCGGCACCUUUGACAUUUCCAUCCUGGAGAUCCAGAAGGGAGUGUUCGAGGUGAAGUCCACCAACGGAGACACGUUCCUGGGAGGAGAGGACUUCGACCAGCACCUGCUCCGCCACAUCGUCAAAGAGUUCAAGAGAGAGACUGGCGUGGACCUGCUGAAGGACAACAUGGCGCUGCAGAGGGUCAGGGAGGCGGCGGAGAAGGCCAAGUGUGAGCUGUCCUCCUCUCUGCAGACGGACAUCAACCUGCCCUACCUCACCAUGGACGCGUCGGGCCCCAAACACUUGAACAUGAAGCUGACGCGCUCUCAGUUCGAGGGCAUCGUGUCCGACCUGAUCCGUCGCACCGUGGCCCCGUGUCAGAAGGCCAUGCAGGACGCAGAGGUCUCCAAGGGCGACAUCGGGGAGGUGCUGCUGGUCGGAGGCAUGUCGCGGAUGCCCAAGGUCCAGCAGACGGUGCAGGACCUGUUCGGCCGGGCCCCCAGCCGCUCCGUAAACCCGGACGAGGCGGUGGCCAUCGGAGCCGCCAUCCAGGGAGGAGUUCUGGCCGGAGACGUGACGGACGUGCUCCUGCUGGACGUCACGCCUCUGUCUCUGGGCAUCGAGACCCUGGGAGGAGUCUUCACCAAACUCAUCAACCGCAACACCACCAUCCCCACCAAGAAGGGCCAGGUGUUCUCCACGGCCGCAGACGGACAGACGCAGGUGGAGAUAAAGGUGUGUCAGGGCGAGAGGGAGAUGGCGGCGGACAACAAGGUCCUGGGACAGUUCACUCUCGUGGGACUACCCCCGGCCCCCCGCGGAGUGCCCCAGAUCGAGGUCACCUUCGACAUCGACGCCAACGGCAUCGUGCACGUGUCGGCGAAGGACAAGGGGACGGGACGAGAGCAGCAGAUUGUGAUCCAGUCUUCCGGAGGUUUGAGCAAAGACGACAUCGAGAACAUGGUCAAGAACGCAGAGAAAUACGCAGAGGAGGACCGCAGACGAAAGGACCGAGUGGAGGCGGUGAACAUGGCCGAGGGCAUCAUCCACGACACGGAGUCAAAGAUGGAGGAGUUCAAAGACCAGCUCCCUGCGGACGAGUGUGCUAAGCUGAAGGAGGAGAUGACCAAAGUGCGAGACCUUCUGACCAACAAAGACUCAGAGACCGGAGAGAACAUCAAACAGGCAGCGUCCAACCUGCAGCAGGCCUCGCUCAAGCUGUUCGAGAUGGCCUACAAGAAGAUGGCGGCAGAGCGCGACGGCAGCAGUGGCGGCAGCAGCGGCUCGACAGAAGGAGAGAAGAAGGAAGGCCAGCAGUAA